CGGACUGGGGCGCUCUGCAGACACCCUCACUUCUUCCUGGGGGUCCAGGGCAUCAAUACGGGCACGGGGGGAAGCUCUGCUCGCGAGGGACCGGGAGGGAGGAGCCUGGAGCCGGAGCCAAAGCCACCCAUCGCUGGAUCAACAGGACAGGGCAGGUUGAGGGGCGUCGGGGAAGGAAGAGGGGAUUGCGAUAGACAGUCCCUGGGAGGAUGAGAAAGCCCGGUCACAGGAAGCUCAGACUGAUGCGCUCCGACUAGCAGGUCGCCUGUUCACAUUUGGGGACCAGCGGCAACGUGGGAGCAUUCCACUCGGGGGGCUGGUUGGAUUGGAGGGCGUGGGAUCGAAACAGCACCAGCUGUCUCCAAGGAAACUUAAGGGGCAACAAGGAAAAAAGAAAUCACUGACGCUCCUUAUUUUGAAGUGACAGUGGGCCCCCCAGACAACCACUGGUGUAUGGGCUAGAAAAGGUGGAUUUGGAGGUGACUUCAAAAGGAGUGGAGGGUGACAAGGUGAGAAAAGGGGCUCAGCAGCUGGAACCUUGGGCCACUAGAAAUGGAGGUGACUUGGUGAAAAAAGGUAUUAUCCAGUGAGAGGGCCCGGGAACCCCUGGAAAUUCUAAGACAUAGAUUUUGCGGAUUUCAGUGAAAAAAGUGGGGGAUCCUCUCCAUUUAGGGGGCAGCAAAGGAAAGAGCACCAAGGUGGAGUUCCUCCCUGACAUUGGCAGCUCCCCAGUAGAAGUGGUAUGAGCUAAUAUCCUCAAAUCAAAGGGUCUCCACCCUUUAGAUUACAAGUGUGGAUCUGGUAGGGGUGCAGGGCCCCAAAAUAGGGUUCCUGGGGAUAUUGGAACCACAUCUUGGAAAUUUUGAGGGUCUUGGCUUUGAAACAGGCGACAGGGACACUGGAGAACAGGGAAGGGGGAGUUUUUAGUAGGAGGCAAAAUUCGAGGGUGGGGUAACUGAGGGGCCGAUAGGCUGCUGGGUCCGGUGAAGCCAGCACAGGGCCCAAGGGUCGGAGCUGGCGGCUGUGGGGGGGAUCUGGGGCCUAGCCUCGGGUCCUGUGGGUUGAGCAGUGAGUUGGGGCAGGAGUGGUAAGAGUAUGCCCUGGUGAGCGGGUUUCUCUAGGGGAGCCCAGCGCGCUCUGGGCGCCUGCCGGUUUGGGGGUGUCUCCUCCCGGGGUGCCAUGGCGGCGCUGGCCAGUAGCCUGAUCCGUCAGAAGCGGGAGGUCCGCGAGCCCGGGAGCAGCCGGCCGGUGUCGGCGCAGCGGCGCGUGUGUCCCCGCGGCACCAAGUCCCUUUGCCAGAAGCAGCUCCUCAUCCUGCUGUCCAAGGUGCGACUGUGCGGGGGGCGCUCGGUGCGGCCAGACCGCGGCCUGGAGCCUCAGCUCAAAGGCAUCGUUACCAAACUGUUCUGCCGCCAGGGUUUCUACCUCCAGGCGAAUCCCGAUGGGAGCAUCCAGGGCACCCCAGAGGACACCAGCUCCUUCACCCACUUCAACCUGAUCCCUGUGGGUCUCCGUGUGGUCACCAUCCAGAGUACCAAGCUGGGCCACUACAUGGCCAUGAACGCCGAGGGGCUGCUCUACAGCUCGCCACAUUUCACAGCUGAGUGUCGCUUUAAGGAGUGCGUCUUUGAGAAUUACUAUGUUCUGUACGCCUCUGCUCUCUACCGCCAGUGCCAUUCUGGCCGGGCCUGGUACCUAGGCCUAGACAAGGAGGGCCGGGUCAUGAAGGGGAACCGAGUCAAGAAGACCAAGGCAGCUGCCCACUUUGUACCCAAGCUCCUGGAGGUGGCCAUGUACCGGGAGCCUUCUCUCCACAGUGUCCCUGAGACCUCUCCUUCCAGUCCCCCUGCCCCCUGAAAUGUAGUCCCUGAGCUGGAGGCUCCCUGCACUCCCACUGAGCCAGCCACCACCCUAGCCUGUCUCCCAGCCCUGCUUCUGGCCCUGCUCUCACCCCUGCCUGCUACACCUAUGCCCUGAGCAGCCAGGUUCCACCAGGUGCUCUUCCCCAGAGGAGCCUAGGAACUGGCUGUGACUUCUGGAGCUUCUGAGACCUUUGGAUCCUUGAGUCUAGGAGGGAGGUACAGAGGGUGUCUGAAAAUGGUCCUGGCUGAUCACUCUUUUUUUCCUUUCAUAGUCACAGACCCUCAAAACAUUUUCCUGGGUUGGCACUGUGGUUUCCAAAACAGACAGAGCCAGGGCAUAAACACUUCCCACUCCAGGCCCUGCCAGUUCCUGGAGCCCCAUGCUCUUUUUCAUUGCCACUGAGCCAUAGAUGUGUAGGUCCAUUGGUCCAUUAGUUUCCCUCUUUCCUCACUCUGCCUUCUCUCUUGGUCUGGACAGGUUCUGGAACACGGGGCACCUCAGCCAGGGCCAUUUCUGCAUUAGGGCUCUGUGUUGGAACCCCGGCACGCUGCCAGACUGUUCUGAGUCCACCAGAUUUCUGUUCUUGACCCAGACAGACCCCUGGUUUCCAAGGAGAUGGAGGCCAUAUCUGAGCUCUGCCCAGCCAUGGCCUCUGCCAGAACUGGGACCAGUCUCAGAUCACCACAGGCUUAACUUCCUUAUCCCACCCAGUUCUAGAGCAUGGUGUUCUAGACCUAUGUGAAGCCAUACUUUCUCCUGAAUCUCAGCUCUAGAAUAUAGACCCCAACUCUCAGCCCUCCCCCCCAGGAUGGAACUGGGGCCUGUAUAGCCACAUUGUUGCUCUACAGUAAGUUCUAAAUCCACCCUCCCACCUUCCCUAGUGAUGUCCAUUAAGGCUGGCCUCUGGAAAGGACCCAGCUAUGAUUCAUAAAGAACUGCGUUCUGGAUGACUUAAGUACCACUUCUUAUUUUUCCUAGAUAAUUAAAAAAAAAAGUUUAUUCUUCCAUACAGAAUGCUAACUUUAUUUUUAAGUGCAGUUUCUAGCUCCUGGAACCCGGCUGGCGUAUUGCCAGGGGAACAGAGUCUGGGAAAAGGCAGAGUAGUUUUGGAAGGACCCCUAAUCUAAUAGGAAAGCUGGGAUGGGGAAGUGGCCAAAACCAUGGCAUAGUGGAACCUGUGCCUGGGUUCUAGGGGGACACGAACACUUAGCUAUCUCCACUGGAAUUCCUUUCAGGUCCCCUGUAAAGCUGAGGUCUUUAUAGUAAUGGGUCUGGAAUAAAAAGGACAAGUGGGACACAGCCUUGACCCCCAGUGAGGAGACCCCAAUUCAGCAAUAAGUCCCACUCUUCUCCCCUACAGGUCAGACCAAGGAAGGUAAGGGCCUUUUGGAUCCUAGAUCUCAUUCACCCCCAUAGCUUCUAACUGAAUAGACCUUGCUUUAUCUUACAGCUUAUAACCUCAGCUGGGUUUUAGGUACCCAAAAAGGGCCUGACCAGAUAUUUCUGGAAACCAUGGAGAGCUAGGGGCAGGCCUGGAAAAGUCCGGGUACCCACUAGUGAGCUAGGAGGGAGACUACCUGAAGGAUGCCUCAGACCUCGGCAGGAUAGACUGAGAAGCCUGGAGGGAGGGGCUAGGACGCAAAGGCAGGUCACUUUUCCUCAGGCUCUUUCUACUUCUGGCUUGUUGCUAGAGGGGUAGAUGUCCCCCUCACCCACACAAACCCUGCUCAGGCUCCGCCCGUCUCCUGGCUUCGCUCCCAGGGGACCAAGUUUCCACUCCACGCUUUCUCAAAUAAAGAGGAUUACACAACGAACUUUUGUCUGU